CAAUCUUCUUCCGCAAGGAGGAAAUAAAGGGCAUCUUUUAAUACUUCAUUCAAGAUUGUUUAUAGCUCAAAAGUCUCACCCUAUAUAUAAAAGUCUCGUAGACUCAAAAGUUUCUAUGUUGCUCGAGAAAAUAAAGUCCGAAGAUUCUCAAAUUUACACUUUAAACCAUACAGUUUAAGAAUUAAAACUUCAGCAUAUCCAGAUUUUGUGCAACAAAUUACUCUGAUCGUUCGUUGUGGCCACCUCCGCCAUGAACGACGGAGACAACUAUGAGAAGCCAGAGGUUCCCUCCAUAGAACUGCGGAGUCUGAAGGUAAUUUCCGCCCUUGGCCGCGGAGCCAAAGGAGUGGUGUUUUUGGUUCAAACAGAGGACGGUGAGUUGCUUGCUUUGAAAUCUAUUUUGAGAGCUUCAAUUGAGAAGAAAAAGGCCAGUGGAAACAGCGAUGACAGUGAAUAUAGAAGAAUUUGCCUCGAACGUGACGUGCUCAGUUGUUUUCAACAUCCGCUUCUGCCUAAACUCAGAGGAGUUGUAUCGACGGAUAAGAUUGUUGGAUAUGCCAUUGAUUAUUGUCCAGGAGGUGAUCUCAAUUCUCUCCGGAAAAAACAAACUGAAAAAAUGUUCUCCGAUGAUACUAUAAGAUUCUAUGCGGCAGAGUUAGUGCUAGCAUUGGAGUAUCUACAUGGAUUAGGGAUUGUAUAUAGAGAUUUGAAGCCAGAAAAUGUGAUGAUCCAAGAGAACGGUCACAUAAUGCUAAUCGACUUCGAUCUCUCUACCAAACUUUCACCUAAAACUCCAGAAAUUCGACAAACAAAAACAGCCAAGCUUCCUCAACGAUCGGAGCAAACUGCGUUGAAGAGCAAGAAGAAGAAUCGGUUUUCUCCUUUGAACAAAUGUUGCAACUCGGGAAUCUCUCCAGAUGAUUCGAUUCACUCGGCUCGACUCGCUCCUGACUCGGCGAGUCUAGAAUUCGACGCGACCGAAAAGUCGAAUUCGUUCGUCGGAACCGAAGAGUAUUUGGCACCGGAGAUCAUCUUAGGCAACGGCCACGAUUUCUCUGUGGACUGGUGGUGUUUAGGAGUUGUAUUGUACGAGAUGCUGUACGGGACGACGCCGUUUAGGGGUUCAAAUCGGAAGGAAACGUUUUAUCGAAUACUGUCGAAGGUGCCUGAUUUAGUUGGCGAAGCGACGUCGUUAAGAGACUUGAUAAGGAAGUUACUUGAAAGGGAUCCGAAGCAGAGGAUCUCUGUGGAUGAAAUCAAAGGUCAUGAUUUUUUCAAAUCUAUAGACUGGGAUUUGAUUGUGCAACUUCCCAGGCCACCGUUUAUCCCUGUGCCGUCUGAUGAGAAUGUGAAUAUUAUAGAGGGAAAUGAAGAUAUUGAUGUGGAGUUAUUUGUACAGGGAGUGUUUAAAGUUGAAGAGGAGGAAGAUGAUGCGCACUGCAAAAAAAGUUCUCAAGCUAACGAUGGUGAUGAAAAUAGGAAUAAAGAGGCUGGGGUCGAAGGAAUAAAUUACCCCACCACAGUUGAUAAAUUUUUGGUCUUUUGAUUAAUUUUUGUAUAUUCUUACCUGACGUACAGAUUAUUUUUCAGUAACUGCAGUAUGUUGCUGAUAACAGAGAUAAAGUAUAUGAUUUAUAAUAGUCUGCCAUUCUUGGUCAUGUAGCAAAAUUUUGAUCCCAUUUCGAGCAUAAUAAUAUUAAUUCUGAACGUUAA